AUGAACCACUUCAUGUCCUUGCGCCACCUCUUCCACACGCCUAUGAUCGCUUUCGCAACGGUCGCAAGGUCUCCCACGGUAGUGGCACGAAGCGUUCGAACACCAUUCAGCCGCCAGAUUUACCAGAACGCGUUCCGCACAAGCUUCGAGCGCAGCAUAGCAGGCAGCCGACGAGGCUUCCAGAGCUCCGCCCGAACUCGUCGCCAAGCUUUCAACUACAACAGAUUCCAAGGAGCACAGAACAUAUUCUACCGCUGGGCAGCGAGGCCCACCUUCUACUAUGAAGUCGGCGGCGGCACUUUCGCGGUUGCCGGAAUCUACGUAUACAACCUCGAACCUGUACCGGUCUCCAACCGCUACCGCUUCCGAAUCAUACCAUACUCAUGGGAGGCGUGGAUGGGCCAGAGCAUGUAUCAGCAGACGAUGCAGCAGUUUGGACGACAGCUCAUGCCGAGCUCGUCACGAGAACAUCGGAUGGUGCAGAGGGUACUCGACAGACUCAUUCCUCACUCAGGACUGGCAGGGGAAGAGUGGGAGGUACAUGUCAUCAACGACCCCAUGAAGAACGCUUUUGUAAUACCCGGAGGCAAAGUGUUCGUGUUCCGUGGCAUAUUGGACGUUGCGCAAGGAGAGGAUGGUCUGGCAGCUGUACUGGGGCAUGAGAUAGCCCAUAACGUCGCCCAUCACGCAGCAGAACGCAUGUCCCAAGGCAUACCGCUUAUGGUACUUACCGGCGUACUUGCGGUUCUUGGCCUCGACUUAUACAUCGGCAACCAGAUCGUUGGCCUUGCCUUCUCCUUACCAGGCUCGAGAAAGCAGGAGGCGGAGGCAGACUAUAUCGGCUUGAUGAUGAUGGCGGAAAGCUGCUACGACCCUCAUGCUGCUAUGGGCUUGUGGGCACGUAUGGAGCAGGAGGAGAAAGGACGUGUCCCGCCACAGUUCAUGUCAACGCAUCCUUCGAGUCACAACAGGCUGGAGAAGAUCCGGGAGUGGCUUCCGAAGGCAGAAGAGAAGCAGGAGAGUAAUUGCGGGUAUUUGACAGGCUAUGCGAGUGACUUCCGCAGCCAGAUCGCUUCUCAACGCUGGUAA